AUAUAUUUGAGUUGUGGAAAGCCACGAAACUCACAAUAGAACAACCAAAACAAGUAGAUUUUAGAUAGAAAUGAAUAUGGGUGUCUUACAAUAUUAUUUCUCAAUCAAGGCUUUGCUUUGGGUUUUAGUGGUUUUUGUUCAAACUCAUGAGUACAUGGGUUGCUUGGAGGAAGAGAGAAUUGGUUUGCUUCACUUGAAGUCAUUUCUUAUUAUAUCGAUUCCGCCUCACACUCAGUCAGACUAUUUUCUUCCUUCAUGGGUCGACCUUGAGAAGAGUGAUUGUUGUGGUUGGGAGCGGGUCACAUGCAACUCCACCACAGGUCAUCAUGUGGUAGAAUUGUCCCUCGACAAUUUAAUGCCAGAUCCUUAUUACUCUCUUUAUCUCCAUUCCAAAAGGGAAUAUUUUGAGGAACAUCGAUGGUUGUUAAAUGUGUCUCUAUUUGAGCCUUUCAAAGAGUUAAGAAGUCUUGAUCUAUCUCUUAAUGGAAUCAAUGGUUGCAUACCAGAUGAUCAAGGAUUUGAAAAGCUUUCAACCCUAAGGAAUCUGGAAAUUUUAAACCUUGGUUACAACUUCUUUGAUGACAAUAGCAUUCUACAAUCUUUGGGUGCUAUCACUUCGCUCAAGACUUUAAAUCUUACUGUGAAUUAUUUGGGGGGAUACUUUCCAGCAGAAGAAUUAGUUACGUUGAGAAAUUUGAACACGCUGGAUAUAAGCUCCAAUAGGUACAAUGGUACCCUCUCAAAUCAAGGUUUCGAAAGGCUAGCAGUAUUGAGAAACUUGGAGACAUUGAUCCUCGAUUCUAAUCUGUUUGAUAGCAGCAUCAUACCAUCUCUAAGUAACCUUACAUCCCUUAUGACAUUAAGCCUUUCAGAUAAUUAUUUGGGAAAUAAACGAGUAAAGGCCGACGUUGAAGAUGAUCAUGAUUCUUGGUGGUUAUGGUAUAUAAUUUAUCUGCAAGGUUUCGAAAGGCUCGCCGUAUUGAGAAAUUUGGAGACAUUGAAACUCAAUAAUAAUGGCUUUGAUGACAGCAUCAUAUCAUCUCUAAGUGGGAUUACAUCUCUUUCGGCAUUGAGUCUUGCGCAUAAUCAUUUGCAAGGAGUAAAUUAUGGUGAAGGUUGGAAAAUGUUGUCAAGAUUGGAGAAGUUGGUGAUAUUAGAUCUUAGUGACAAUUAUUACCUCAACGAAACUACUAGUUUUCUUCAAUCAAUUGCUGAAGUCAAAUCUCUUAAGAAUCUGAAUCUUGCUUCAUGUCGUUUGACGGGAUCCUUUGGAACCAAAGGUUGGGAAAUGUUGUCAAGAUUAGAGAACUUGGAGAUAUUAGAUCUUAGUCAUAAUUUCCUCAAUGAAACUAGUUUUCUUCAAUCAGUUGCUACAAUCAAAUCUCUUAAGACUCUCAAUCUUGCUCGGAAUAAGUUGAUGGGAUCCUUUCCAACCAAAGGUUGGGAAAUGUUUUCAAGAUUGGAGAACUUGGAGAUAUUAGAUCUUAGUCAAAAUUCCCUCAACGAAACUAGUUUCCUUCAAUCAAUUGUUGCAGUCAAAUCUCUUAAGACUCUCAAUCUUGCUUGGAAUGCGUUGACAGGAUCCUUUCCAACCAAAGAGCUAGCAAAUUUAAGCAACUUGGAGGUUCUUAUCUUGUCAGGUAAUCAUUUUAGUGGACAACUAGCAACCCAAGAAUUUUGUGCAUUGAAGAAGCUUGAAGUGUUAGAUCUAUCUCACAAUGACUUUGAGGGGAUCCCACCUCCAUGCAUAAACAAUAUGACAUCUCUUGUGGUGUUAGAUAUUUCCACUAACAAAUUCAAUGGAAAUGCUUCAUCAUCAUAUGUAAAAGGCAGCAGAACAAGUCUUGAGUACAUUGAUUUUAGUUAUAACCAGUUUGUGGGUUUAUUCUCAUUCAACUUAUUUGCUAAUUACUCUAAGCUGGAGGUUCUUAGAUUCAACGGCCAAAACGAUAAAGUUGAAAUAGAAACUGAAAGUUCCAUGGGUUGGUCCUUUUUGUUUCAGCUGAAGAUCAUUGAAUUGUCUGACUGUAUUCUGAACAAGUUCACCGGCAGUAUUUCGAAAUUUCUUCUUGUCCAACAUGAACUGGAUACAGUUAAUCUUUCUCACAGUAAGCUGAAAGGAAGCUUUCCAAAUUGGUUGAUUGAAAACAAUACAAGAUUGCGAGUGCUAGGUCUUCAAAAUAACUAUUUGGAGGGUCAGUUAUACUUACCAACAUUGAUCCACACGAAUAUGACCUGGAUGGAUGUCUCAACCAAUUACUUGGAUGGAAAACUUCAAGAAAAUAUUGGCAAGAUUUUUCCAAAUUUAUUAUAUCUAAAUCUUUCCAAUAAUAAUCUUGAAGGUAGUCUUCCUUCCUCAAUUAGUGGCAUGCUUUAUUUGGAGGUAUUAGAUCUUUCUUUCAAUAGCUUCUCAGGCGGGGUCCCAAGAGAAUUAAAUACAGGUUGCUUAUCAUUAACAGUAUUGAACCUUGCUCAUAACAGCUUCAAAGGUGCAAUUUUCGUUGGGAGAAACCAGAAAUUUCUGCUGAUGAAUGAUAAUGAAUUCACAAGUAUCAUACCAGUACUUAAUUCAACUAUUUAUCUGUGGUAUUUAGAUAUCAGCCACAACGAAAUUUCAGGUACAAUGCCCCAAUGGCUUGGGAACACGUCAUACGUGACAACUCUUAUUAUGGCUAACAAUGGUUUUUAUGGUCGGAUCCCAUGUGAACUAAGUAUGAGAGGUACUUUAGACCUUUCUCAUAACUUAUUUACGGGAUCGUUACCUUUUUGCUUGAAUCUACCAGAGCUUAAACACCUAUAUUUGCAAGGGAACAAUUUCACAGGACCAAUACCAAAAGUUCUUUUCAAUUUCUCAUCCCUUUUGACAUUGGAUAUUGGAGAUAACAACUUUACAGGCAGCAUCUCUGUUGAAAUCAAACAACUUCAAGGCUUAAAGGUACUUUUGUUGAGUGGCAAUCGUUUCACUGGUAUAAUUCCAAAUCAGUUGUGUUUGUUAACAGCGAUAAGGAUAAUGGAUCUUUCCAAGAAUGAUUUUUCUGGGACCAUACCACAAUGCCUCAAUGAAAUAAAUUUUGGGAAGACAGUAGAACCUAGUUCUAGUGGAAAAUUAUAUCCUAUAAGUCCGCUAGUUAUGCUAUCAGCUUACACAUAUAAAGGUUUCUCAAACAUGGUUGGUAACUUUUACCAGUAUACUGAAUAUGUUGAUGUAGAAGUACAGAUCGAGUUUGUAACCAAAUAUAGUUAUCAUUCUUGGAAGGGUCUUAUCGUUGAUUACAUGUCUGAAUUGGAUUUAUCAUGCAACAACCUAACAGGUGGCAUCCCACCUGUGAUAGACCAAAUGUCUUCAUUGCAUGCACUAAACUUGUCUCAUAAUCAGCUAACUGGUAAAAUUCCAAUAACAUUCUCGAAAUUGGCAUUAUUGGAAAGUUUAGACCUUUCUCAUAAUAGUUUGAGUGGAGAAAUUCCUUCAUCAUUGAUUGAUCUAAGCUUUCUUUCGGUAUUCAACGUGGCUCACAACAACUUAUCAGGCAAACUUCCGGAUAUGAAAGCACAAUUUGCAACAUUUGAGAAAAGCAGCUUUGAAGGAAACCUAUUUCUUUGCGGACGACCACUAGAUAAAAGUUGCAGCAAAGUAAACAAGUCAUAUCCAACACCAACCCAAUCUUCAAAUGCAGGUGAUAGAAAAUGGUAUGAAUUAGAUCCUCUGGUCUUCUGUACAAGUUUCUUGGUAUCUUACAUCAUUUUCUUUUAGACUGUUAUGAGUCUUCUUUAUAUUAAUCCUUAUUGGCUACAAAGAUGCUACAACUUCAUGGAAGAUCUUAUAUACUCUUGUUAUUAUUUUGUUUUUGAUACCUCAAAAAGGUUGUCAAAUUGUCUAUGUUGUUAAGAUACACUGAUUUUCUUUCGACAUCGUUAAAGAUAGUAGUAAUGGCCAAUUAUCUAUGAAUUUGGUUUUGAGCAAAUAGUAUUGGGAUUAAAUAUGAAAGAGAUGUUGCCUUAAA